UGUGAAUUAGCAGACUUACCUUUUAAAAGAGGUAACUGCUGCAGUUCUACAUCUUGAGAAUUACGAUACCUAGAGCUUCCCUGCGACUUCUUAGUCUUUUUCUUAAGGGAGCGUUUUGCGAAGGGGUCAAUUCUAUCGACGAACGCAGUCGUCGACAUGGUUUUUAAAAAAUUUACCACAAUCACUAUUAUUAUUUACACUGUAAUCGCACUCGAUUGCCGACCACUUCUGUACAUUUCCCGACCUGCCUUUCGAAAUUACAAUAACCUUUGUCAAAGCACGAUAAUGUAAAAUUUCAUAAAUGACAUUGUUAUUCGGAUUCCUAAAAUCGUCGUCUUCAAGGUGUGCCUCUUGAGUCUUUUAGUUAAGUCGUAAACGCCCAAAACACUCAGCCCGGUAAUUCUCAACUUUCCGUUUUGUCAAAAAUUUGUAGCGGACGAAAAAUACCAAUAAAACGAACGAUUUAAAAUUGUAAAUAUCAGCUCGUAGACACAAAUCAAUUGCUCACUUGCACUAUACUGGUAAACCAACGAACUGUCUAGUAUUUUCACCCGCCAUCAGCUGGUUACAACGCCAUAAAUCCUGCAUUGUAGAGUUUAAUACAAACAUUUAAACAAAAACAAAACAUUUACGACAUUAAAAAAUAUAUUUCUUGCACGUGUGUGAUAUUUAAACUCGCGUAUUAUUUACGUUUAAACGUUUUUCACGAUAAUUUUCUCACACUAUCCGACCUGAUGCCAAUGCGGUGUCCAGGACUUUAUUGUGGACGUACGUAUUUGGAAAGUGGAAUACUAAGUGAAUGUGGUUCAUGCCCUCGAGGAUUUCGGCGAAACGAUGCCACUUUUAUUUGUGAACCAUGCAAUGAUAAUCCAACCCUUUACGAUUGGCUUUAUUUAGGUUUUAUGGCUUUAUUACCUCUGGUUCUACAUUGGUUUUUUAUUGAUAUGGUAGCAAUGAGGAGAAGUUUCAACAAGGAUGUCCUAAUUCUUCAUUUCUCUGCUCUGUUGGAGAUAGUAUUAGCUUGCAUUCUUACACUACUAACGAUGGAUCCUAUUGGACUAUUUCAAAUUCGUAGCUGUAAUGUUCGUCAUUUAUCUGACUGGUAUACAUUAUUACACAAUCCUAAACCUAAUUAUGACAAAACUGUACAUUGUACACAAGAAGCUGUUUAUCCUUUAUACACUAUUGUCCUUGUUUUUUAUGCAUAUUCGGUGGUAAUAAUGCUUUUAUUUAGACCAUGGAUCUGUCGGAAAUGUUUACCAAGACAAAGCAAAAUGUCAAUAUAUGCAGCUCUAUACUUUUUUCCAAUUCUUGCUGUAUUACAGGCAUUAAUUGGAGGUCUUUUGUAUUAUUCCUUUCCACAUCUUAUUGUAGUUUUGUCAGUUAUAUCAAAUGCUGCCCAUUUUGCGGUAAAAAUGGAUCAAAGAAUUACUGCACUUAUACUUUCAACUUUUCUUGAUCUUCGAAAUUUUGUUAUUCUUGUGGGACAUUGGUGUUUGCACACAUAUGGAAUUAUUUCAAUUACACAAUUAACAGACACUUCCUUGAAUGGAUUUCUUAUUAUUUUAAUUCCUGUGCCUGCUACAUUUUAUAUUCUUACUGCAAAAUUUACAGAUCCCUCAAGACUUAGGACUUAAGUUUUAAAUUGUUUAAAUUUUCUACCUACUGUGAUUAUUGUAUGAUCAAACAAUUAUUAUUUUUUAAAUUAUUAAAAUAAAUUUAAGUACAUGUAGUACCAAAUUGAUUAUACAUUCAGUGACCAUUUUCUCAAAAAAAAAAAA